CAUGUGUGGCGUGAAAUAUCAACCCAUACACAACCCGUGUGAUACCCGCAGCGACACGCAGCAGGCGCCCCACGGCUAGCAGGGCUCGGCGCACUCUCGGCGAUGCUAGCUUAGGCAAGUUACACAUACACCUAGCCAGUUAGCAUGCGUUAGCCACAUCUCCAGUUGCUGCUAGCCGGCUAACCCCGAGUUGAUUCCAGCCACUUUCGCCGACGUCGUCAUCUCGCCUCGUCGUCAUUCGGCGAGUAACUACAACGCCAAGAAAAUAUAGCAACGGACUGAGACGUGGGUCGCGUACGGCGUCACCGCGAGCUAACGUCGCCGCUGUGUUUUGCUCCGACCAGGAAACAUUAACUGACACAAUAACAAAAGAAAGAAUUUGACACAGUGGCUCGAGGAGCUGCCGAUCAGAUGUUGUUCGGCUUGUUUCAGGUGCGACGAGCCAUAACAACAAACAGCCGAAUGCUAGCAAGAGGCUAGAACAGGAAAAGCGCACGCACAGGGACAGAUUGUAUUUUGGAGAUGUGAGGAACAGGAAGAACUUGGUGAUAUCGAGCAGCCUGUGCAUUGACACGACCCUUGACCUCAUCUUCAGCAUGAAUGGUGAUAUACCUCAUGUCCCCAUCACUACUCUUGCUGGAAUCGCUGGCCUGACAGACUUGUUGAACCAGCUUCCCCUGCCUUCUCCUCUUCCUGCUACCACUGCUAAGAGUCUGCUCUACAAUGGAAGGAUUUCAGAGGAGGUCAGCCGACUGCUGGUUUGCCGGGACGAGAGUCUGGUGACUCAGCUGGCACACAGCCUUAACCAGGUGUCCACUGAACACAUAGAGGUGAAGGACAACUUGGGUAAUGAUGAACCCGAGGGCGACAUGCCAAUGCUUCUUCAGACUUUGCUGUCCAGGAACCCUAACAUUUUCAGGGACAAAAGUGUAAUACAACAGCCAUUGAUACAACAGUAUAAGAUAUCUCAGAAUCAAGUGCAUGGGAGUCCAGCAUCAAACUAUCAGCAAACUAGUAUUCCUCAAAGUCCCUCUGGGUGUUUCACCUCCCCACAGUUUGGAUCAGCCUCUCAGUUUGUACCCCAGCAGAACAGCCCUAUACCAAGUCCCUACACUCCCCAGAGUCCUGCAGAGUAUAUGCAGUACAAUCCACCCAGUUAUUCCCAACCAUCACAGACUCAAGAAGUUGCCGAUGCUGUGAGAAAUAUCCAUGACAACAAGAUCUCCGGACAGCUAAGUAAUCCAUCUAAGCAAAAUGUACGACUAGGUGGGGAUGAAGAAUACACCAACAUAACCUACAAACUGGAAAAUGAGGAAAACGACUCCUCCGUGAGGGCUGCUGCAUUCCCGGCUAAAUCACCACAGUCUUUGUGUUCCCCUGCUGAGAGUGAUGAGAUCAUAGAAGCAGGGUCCAAGCGCCCUCUUAUCGUGCAGUCACCUCCACCUGAUGUGCCCACCACUGACCUGCUCCUCACACCUGACCACAAAAAGAAGCAGAGAGAACGGAGUAAAGAGGCGAAUGAGCAGACAGACAAAAAUCACUUAUAUGAUAUUAUCAAUUCUUCAUCAAAAGACCCAGCUAGGCUCACUUUGAAGCUAUCGCAAGUGAAGAUGAAGAUGCCGGUCAUGGAUCAACAUAAAAAACGCCCUCCUAGGCAGCACAUUGAUUUAGAACAUGAAACUGACUUGAUGAAUAAUAGUAACAAUAAUAAUCAGUUGUCAGGGAUUAGCCAGCGCUUAUCACACAAGUUAGAUGGUGAGGAGCAGGCAAACUGCAAGCAGUUUCCUUUACUGCCAAAUAGCAAGGAGACUGGUGGUGUCAGUGGGGUUGUGUAUGAUGAUGCUGAAAUAGAUACACUAGAGCGGGAGACAGCCAAUGAGAGAGAGCGGUGGUCUAAAGAAGUCCAGGACAAGGACAAGCCACUGAAGAAACGCAAACAAGACUCGUAUCCUCAGGAACCUGGUGCCGAGGCAAGUGACUGGCCUGCCAUACAAGGAGGCACCACUGGUAGCAAGUUGACACCCAAGAAGACCAGUGCUUCCAGCAAUGGUGCGAGUCGCCCUGCUUUAAUGGUCAGCAUUGAUCUGCAGCAAGCUGGCAGAUUGAUUGGACAGCCUGUAGUGGUAUUGGAAGCUCCGCAGCUGUGUGAGGAACGCAUGCAGAAUCUAAAGGCAAAGAUCGAUGGAAAAGGAGAUAAAGUUGUGGAAAGCAGACCUCGGAUCAUCAAGCAGCAUCCUGAACACACCAGCACGUCUGAUGCCUCUGAGCAUCGUGACGCUCCUAAACAGAAGCAGGAAAGUCGACAGGAGUCCAAACACAGACGUGAUGGGAAUCCUAAAAAUGGCAAGGGACAGUCAGAUGACAGGCGGCCAGACACACCACGGCAGAAAAAUGACAAGCAUUCAGACUCAAACCGGAAAGUGGAAAAGAUCCACAGCAGUUCCCACUCCCAUGUCAGCCAACCUGAGACUCCAAAAACCACGAGCAAAGCAGAACGUACCUCCAGACACGGAGAAGACAAAGCCAGGGACAGAGAAAAGGAAAAGAACAGAAGUAAAGAAAAAGGCCGGAAGACGGAGAAAGAUCGGGACAGAGACAAACACAGAGACAGAAAUAAAGAGAAACAAAGAGAUAAAGAUGGAGAGAGAGACAAGGAGGGAGACCGGGAAAAGAAAAACAAGACAUUGUCGAGGGAAAAUUGCAACAAACACUCUCCUGAUGGCCACACUAAAUCUGACAGCCUCAUAUUAAAGCAAGACAGAAGUAGUAAAUCUACUGACAUGAACGGUCAUCAAAGGACAGAAACGCCACAAAUCCCCCAAAAUAAGAAAGAGAAGAAAAACGGGGAUGACGGCGUUAGUAGGAAAACUGGAAACGCGCAUUCAUUUGAGGCCAAAGCCAGCGAGUUCCCCUCCUAUCUGCUGGGCGGCAAGUCUGGGAGUCUGAAGAACUUUGUAAUUCCUAAACUGAAACGAGAUGGGAGCGGUAGAGAACCCCAGCUUCCGAGGAAAUCCACUGAGAGCUGGGGCGAACCCUUGGUCAGACUGGAGAGGAUGUCACUGAUGGAGAACUUAAACAAGGGUGCGAAACCUGUUGUUGUGGUUAAAAAACUUAGUAUUGAUGAUGUAAAAAGGAUCAUGAGGGAGGGCAGGAAUGCACACAGGUCCAGGAACAAGUCCUCAUUUGAUCAGCCGGUGGGAGAAAUGUCAUUUUGUGAGAAGAACAACAAGCGAAGGCACAGUAUGAUCAGCAACAAGUCAAAGUACGCUGAGACAGAAGAUGAUGAUGAUGACGGCGAUUCUGAUGAGAAGUUCGAAAGGAAAAGGUGCAAGAAAGAUCACGACAAAACCUGGAUGCACGAAGAGAGGAGAGGUUCUGGACACCACCGUCCGGGUGCAGGGCCCCGCCGGGGGUCCGGCAGCCGCUACGAGGCCGACGAUUCAGACGAAGGCUCGCGGCCAUCAGGCGACGUUGCCAGAAAGUUGAAGAAAAAGGUCAAACAGAAAAACAGGAAGUCGUACGACUCCAAGCUCACACCAGACGAAAUGAUGGACUCCUCCACAUUCAAGAGGUUCUCAGCCAGCGUGGAUAGCAUUCUGGAGAGCCUUGAGGACGUUGACUUUACUGCAGAUGAUGAUGAGAUACCUCAGGAACUCUUGCUUGGUAAACACCAGCUGACGGAACUGGGCAGUGAUUCUGCUAAAAUCAAAGCUAUGGGGAUCUUCAACAAGCUUUCGUCUGACAAACUGGUGAAAAUAUUGAAUGUCCUUGAGAAGAACAUCCAGGACAGUGUCAAACUUUCCAUGUUAAUGAAUCAUGAUAAUGACUCUAUGGAUGAGGAGCGGUUGUGGCGCGACCUCAUUUUGGAGAGGGUCACUAAAUCUGCUGAUGCCUGUCUGACUGCACUCCACAUAAUGACGUCUCCACGCAUGCCCAAGGCUGUUUAUAUAGAAGAUGUGAUCGAGAGGUUGCUGCAGUACACGAAGUUCCAUCUGCAAAACUCCCUGUACCCCCAGUAUGACCCAGUCUACAGGGUGGAUCCCCACGGAGGUGGUGUGCAUAGUUCAAAAUCCAAGAGAGCAAAGAGUUCCUCUCAUAAACAGAAGGUGGUAGUGAUGCUCUACAACAAGGUCUGUGAUAUUGUGAGCAACGUAGCAGAGCUGCUGGAGAUCCAGCUGCUAACCGACACCACAGUCCUCCAGGUGUCCACACUGGGUAUUACACCAUUUUUUGUGGAGAACGUUAGUGAACUGCAGCUAUGUGCCAUCACAUUAGUGACAGCAGUCUUCUCUCGCUAUGAGAAGCACAGGCAGCUGAUUUUCGAAGAGAUUUUUACGUCACUGGCUCGACUGCCCACUAGUAAACGCAGCCUCAGGAACUUCAGGCUAAACAGCAGUGAUUCAGAUGGGGAGCCCUUGUACAUCCAGAUGGUGACAGCGCUGGUUCUUCAGCUCAUCCAGUGUGUGGUUCACCUUCCUUCUGAGAGCGACAUGGAGGAUGAGCACGUCAAGAAGGUGGAUAAAGAUGUCCUGAUCACAAACUCGUAUGAAACUGCCAUGAGGACAGCUCAGAACUUCCUGUCAGUUUUUCUAAAAAAGUGUGGCAGUAAGCAGGGAGAGGAGGACUACAGGCCUCUGUUUGAGAACUUCGUCCGUGAUCUGCUGUCUACGGUCAACAGGCCUGAGUGGCCUGCAGCUGAGCUGCUGCUGAGUCUACUAGGCCGGCUGUUGGUGCACCAGUUCAGUAACAAGCAGACCGAAAUGGCGCUCCGAGUGGCGUCGUUGGACUACCUCGGCACCGUCGCUUGUCGUCUGCGUAAAGACGCCGUCACUAGCAAGAUGGACCAAAAAGCUAUUGACCGCAUUCUUAAAGAGACUACAGGUAAUGAUGAGAUCCAGCAACUGCAGAAGGCCUUGCUGGAUUACCUAGAUGUGGGCACUGACACGGACCCAUCUCUACUGUUCGCCAGGAAGUUCUAUAUUGCCCAGUGGUUCAGGGACAUUACAAGUGAGGCAGAAAAGGCGAUCAAAUCCCAAAAUGAGAAUGACGAAGAUUUAGAGCGAUGGCACUCAAAGGAGGUCAACUCAACUGUGGAGAUUAUGCAGCAAGCAGAGGCACGAAAGAAAUUCCUGCGCAAGGUCAUAAAGGCCUCAACAUCACAUAACAUUUCUCUGAGGUUAAACUCUGACACGGUAGACUAUGAGGACUCCUGUCUGAUUGUCAGAUAUCUGGCCUCUAUGAGGCCCUUCGCACAGAGUUUUGAUAUUUAUUUAUCACAGAUUUUAAGAGUCCUGGGUGAGAACGCUAUUGCAAUCAGAACUAAAGCCAUGAAGUGUUUGUCUGAAGUAGUGGCUGUUGAUCCCAGUAUUCUUGCACGUUUGGAUAUGCAGCGUGGGGUUCAUUGUCGCCUCAUGGACAACUCCACCAGCGUCCGAGAGGCCGCUGUGGAGCUUCUUGGCCGUUUUGUGCUGAGUCGGCCUCAGCUGAUUGAGCAGUACUACGACAUGCUGGUUGAAAGGAUACUGGACACAGGUAUCAGUGUAAGGAAGAGAGUCAUCAAGAUCCUGAGGGAUAUUUGUCUGGAACAGCCAGACUUCCACAAGAUCACGGAGAUGUGUGUCAAGAUGAUACGAAGAGUCAAUGAUGAAGAGGGCAUCAAGAAACUGGUGAAUGAGACGUUUCAGAAACUCUGGUUCACCCCCACACCCAGUCACGACAAAGAUGCCAUGACCAGAAAGAUCCUGAACAUCUCAGAUGUGGUGUCUGCGUGCAAAGAUUCUGGCUACGACUGGUUUGAGCAGCUUCUCCAAAAUCUACUGAAGUCAGAACAGGAUGCUUCCUACAAACCUGCAAAGAAGGCUUGUGUUCAGUUGGUGGACAACCUCGUGGAGCACAUCUUGAAAUAUGAGGAGUCUCUUGCUGACUGCGAGGACAAAGGGGUUCAUUCAGCUCGUCUAGUAGCAUGCAUCACAACGCUCUACCUGUUUAGCAAAAUCAGACCACAGCUAAUGGUUAAACAUGCAAUGACGAUGCAGCCCUACUUGACCACCAAGUGUAACACCCAGAAUGACUUCAUGGUGAUAUGUAAUGUGGCCAAGAUCCUGGAGCUGGUCGUGCCUCUGAUGGAGCACCCGAGUGAGACUUUCCUCACUACCAUUGAAGAAGACCUGAUGAAGCUCAUCAUUAAAUAUGGCAUGACGGUUGUGCAGCACUGUGUGAGCUGCCUUGGUGCUGUUGUGAACAAGGUCACACACAACUACAAGUUUGUUUGGGCUUGUUUCAAUCGUUACUAUGGAGCUCUGUUGAAGCUAAAGACGCAGCAUCAGGAGGAUGCCACCAGUUCCACUCUGAUUGCUAACAAACCCACUCUGCUGCGCUCACUGUUCACUGUGGGGGCUCUCUGUCGACACUUUGAUUUUGACCAGGAAGAGUUCAAGGGUGCUAGCAAGAUUGUCAUUAAGGACAAAGUGUUGGAUCUUCUGCUAUACUUUACCACUCAUGAAGAGGAGGAGGUCCAGAUCAAGGCUAUUAUUGGUUUAGGUUUCCAGUUCAUCAUGUACCCAGAGCUCAUGUUUGUGCAGGAUUUGAAGGUACUCUACACCAGUAUUCUCUCUGAUGAGAACAGUUUGGUUAGUUUGAAGAUCCAGGUUCUAAAAAACCUUCAGACAUACCUGCAGGAGGAGGAUUCUCGAAUGCAGGAGGCUGAUCGAGAAUGGAAGAAUCAAGCAAAGCAGGAGGAUCUAAAGGAGAUGGGGGAUAUCUCAUCAGGCAUGAGUAGCUCCAUUAUGCAGAUUUACCUGAAGCAGGUGCUGGAGUCUUUCUUCCAUUCGCAGUCGACUGUUCGUCACUUUGCCCUGAGUGUCAUUACACUGACCCUGAGCCAGGGGCUCAUCCAUCCGGUCCAGUGUGUGCCCUAUUUGAUUGCAAUGGGAACAGACCCUGAGCCCACCAUGAAGAACAAAGCUGACCAACAGCUGGUGGAGAUUGACAAGAAAUAUUCAGGAUUCAUUCAUAUGAAGGCUGUUGCAGGGCUGAAGAUGUCUUAUCAGGUGCAACAGGCCAUAAACGGCUCCAAAAACGCAGUACUCCGAGGUUUUCGCCACGAGGACUCAGACUCGGCUCUCUGCUCCCACCUCUACACGCUGGUCCGUGGCAACAGACAGCACAGAAGGGCUUUCCUCAUUUCUCUGCUCAACCUGUUUGAUGACACCUCUAAAACUGAGGUGAACAUGCUGCUGUUCAUAGCGGACAACUUAGCCUGUUUUCCCUACCAGACGCAAGAGGAGCCUCUUUUCAUCAUGCACCACAUAGAUAUUACUUUGUCUGUCUCUGGUAGCAAUCUUUUACAGUCUUUCAAAGAGUCUUUAAGGAAGGAACCUGUAAAGAAGGAAAAGAAAAUGAUGAAAAAGAAGAAGAAGAAGAAGAAGAAGCAAAAGGCUUGGCGAAAGACCUACAGCUCUGAUGAUGAUGAUGUUGAUGAUGAUGAUGAGCAUAGCAGCACAGCAUCCAGUAGCAGUGAUGAAGAUGAGGAGAUGAGCCACCAGCAAAAGAAAAAUGUGGCUUCUGAUUUAGACUCAGACUUGGAGAACGAGGAUGCAGUGUUUGACCGUCUACCUGAAAACCCCAAGCCCCUGUUGGACUUUGCCAGUGCUUCACAGGGUAUUCUGCUGCUGCUGGUGCUCAAACAGCAUCUAAAGAAUCUGUAUGGCUUCUCAGACAGCAAAAUCCAGAAAUAUUCCCCGACAGAAUCUGCCAAAGUCUACGACAAGGCAGUGAACAGGAAGUCCAAGGUGCACUUCAACCCUCGUCAGACGCUGGACUUUUUGAAGAGUAAUCUGUGCAUCACAGACCUCACCUAUGAGACCAAGAGGAAUAUUGUAAAGCAGUAUUUAGAUUUCAAGGUACUGAUGGAGCACCUGGAUCGUGAUGAAGAGGAGGAGGAGGGUGAAGCAAGUGCCAAUGCCAAAAACAAAGCCAUUAAUUCACUGUUGAGGGGCCCAAAACGCCAGAACCACAGCCACAAUAAUCACACGGCUCCAGUGGACACAGAUGAGGAGGAGAGUGAGGAUGACGAUCCACCAGCACGGAAACCAAGGAAAGGUGGGGAGUCCACAGAGGAUUCCGGGCGCAUGAAUGAGACAGUGGAGGUCAUGGAUGUUGUUGCCAUCUGCUGUCCCAAAUACAAAGACAGACCACAAAUUGCAAAGGUUGUCCAGAAGACCAAAGCUGGCUACGAUAUACACUGGAUGACCGGGUCCUACUCUGGGCCCUGGGCUGAGGCAAAGAAGCGGGAUGGUCGCAAAAAGGUGCCUUGGGUUGGCACUAUCAAGGAGUCGGACAUUAUUUACAAGAAAAUCUCCUUGACAAGCGGACAGAAGCUCACAAACAAAGUGGCACAGACGUUACGGGCGCUUUACGCUGCCAAGGAGGGGACUAAGAGCUAAUCAUAUGAAAUGACUCCGAGAUCAACCCUUGGUAGCCCAGGUCUUUGUGGAUGCUGUAUGUCACAGACAAAGAGGAAGUGGCCUCCUUUUAGAUUUUAUGAGCUGACGGAGGGAACGUAUUGUGAAACACUGACCUGUUUGAAUACAGAUGUUUUUAAGUUAAACAUGAGGAGAAACACAACAAGGAAAUGUUUGGGAAAACAUUUUGUAGGAGUUCCUUCGCUGUUGUGCAGCAACAUGGUGGUUUUAAUUUUUACUCCCACUGUACUACAGUUUAACUAAACAACUGUUUAUAUCUGAACAUAAUUCUGUACAAAGUAAAGUGAAUGUUGGAAAUGAUGAUAAUGAUGUUCUUAAUAAAGUGUUUAUGGAGUUUAAAGUAGCUCCACAUACAUCUAUUCACUUGACCUGAGCUCCAACAACUGUUAACAGAUUGUUUUUCUUGUUUCAAACCUUUGUUGUUCACCCACACUGUGUAAUGGAGUAUCUUUGAUAUAAUUUAUUUAUGUUAAAGCAGUGCAGUAUCUGUGCCUAUGCAGGGGAGGUUGAUAUUGUUUUUAAUAGAGAUUUUGAUGUUAUAGAACACAGAUCAAAAUUACAGUGAGUCUCCGCUUUCCUGGUGGAACCAAUACAACAAUAAAAUUUUCUUAUGUCUUUCUUA